UCUUCUCUCUCUCUCUCUCUCUCUCUCUCUCUCUCUCUCUUCGCCGACAUAAACGCCAAUACCCACAUACUCUAAUCCUACAUAUACAUAUAUAGACAUUUAUAAUAUUUACAAGGGGAGGAGAAAGAAAAUAUCGAUCCGUGAUUGCCAUGAGUGGAAGCAGCACGUGCAGUAUUGGCGGUGGCAGCGGUGGAGGUGGUGGCGGCAGUGGAGGUGGCAGUGGGCCGUGUGGGGCCUGCAAGUUCUUGCGGCGCAAGUGCGUGACGGGUUGCAUAUUCGCGCCCUACUUCGACUCGGAGCAAGGGGCGGCACACUUCGCGGCGGUGCACAAGGUGUUCGGCGCCAGCAACGUGUCGAAGCUGCUCCUCCACAUCCCGGCCCACAAGCGCCUCGACGCCGUCGUCACCAUCUGCUACGAGGCCCACGCCCGCCUCCGCGACCCCGUCUACGGCUGCGUCUCCCACAUCUUCGCCCUCCAACAGCAGGUGGUGAGUCUUCAAGCUGAACUAUCCUACCUGCAAGCCCACCUGGCCACACUGGAGCUGCCGUCGCCGCCCCCGCUGCCGCCGCCGCUGCCUCAGUUUUCCGUGCCGCUGCCCCCCUUCUCGAUAUCUGACCUUCCAUCGUCGUCGUCGAACCUCCCCACCUCUGUCGAUCUCUCUGCGCUCUUUGACCCAUUGAUGACGCCUUCGCAGCAGCAGCCGCUCGGAGGCGGCCCGUGGGCUGCUCUUCAGCCGCAGCCGCAGCAGCGGCCUGUGGGCCCGGGCGGUUCGGGCGGUGGGGGCGGCGAUCUCCAGGCGCUGGCGAGGGAGCUUCUCAAUCGGCAACGGUCGGCGGCCGCAGCUGCCACCGCUGCCGAGCCCCCUCCUCCUCUUUCCAAAUGCAAGUAAUGAAGAUAUCGAUCAAAUCAAUAACCAAAUUUAACGAUCAAAAACUAAGUCCUUUAAUUAUAAUCUGCUUUUGUCAACCUAGUGGGGGUUGAAGGAUGCACCCCACACUUUGCUUUACAUAAUGUGGUAAUUAGAGGUCAUGACUUGGAAGAGAAAUCAAAAUAGUAGCUAGCUAGUGUACUGUUUCAUUGCCAAAGUUUUCUCUUUUUGUUUUCUCUUUUCAAGAAGAAGAGUUUAUACCUGUUAAAAUGUU